AUGGCCAGCAAUUUCUUCGAUCUUAAGAAACGAAAGGAAGCUGCAGCUGCUAGCUCGUCUUCUAAGCAAAAGGCAGGCCUGUCGCAAGCUGCAGAUAGACCGGUUCCCUGGGUUGAGAAAUAUCGCCCGAAAACUCUGAGCGAUGUUACAGCCCAGGACCAUACAGUAUCGGUUCUUCGAAGGACACUACAAUCUUCGAAUUUACCUCACAUGCUCUUCUAUGGACCGCCUGGAACUGGUAAAACAUCCACUAUCCUGGCCCUGGCAAAAGAAUUAUACGGUCCCGAGCUCAUGAAAACCCGUGUCCUGGAACUGAACGCCUCCGACGAGCGUGGUAUCUCCAUUGUCCGUGAAAAGGUCAAAAACUUUGCCAAAAUCGCCGUUUCCACUACAACAGCCGCCAAUGCUUCGAAAUACCCUUGUCCACCUUACAAAAUUAUCAUUCUCGACGAAGCAGAUUCUAUGACACACGAUGCACAGUCAGCGCUCAGAAGAACGAUGGAGACGUAUUCGAAAAUUACCAGAUUUUGCUUAAUUUGCAACUACGUAACGAGAAUUAUCGAUCCGCUGGCCAGCAGAUGUUCGAAAUUUAGGUUCAAACCGCUGGAUGAGGGGAAUACGAGGUUGAGAUUGAGUAGUAUCGCCGAGGCCGAGGGGGUUAAGUACCAGGAAGGUGUAGUUGAUACUUUAAUCAAAGUGGCAGAUGGUGACCUGAGAAAAGCGAUUACGUUCUUACAGUCGGCGGCAAAACUACAUGGCGCGGUUAAGGAAAGGACUGGAGAUGAUAUGGAAGUUGACAGCGGGGCCAAAGGUGGCGAGAUUACGGUCAGGUCGAUAGAAGAAAUCGCUGGAGUUAUACCAGAAAAGACAAUCGACGAUUUGAUGCAGAGCAUGGAGCCAAGACCGCAUGGACAAGCCGUCUAUACACCUGUUGCGACAAUAGUUCAGGACAUUGUCGCAGAUGGGUGGAGUGCCGCACAGGUUCUUUUGCAGCUAUACAACCGGCUUGUUUUCAGCGACAUGCUUACCGGUAACCAGAAAAACCAGAUCGUCGCGAUCUUUUCAGAGAUAGAUAAGAGACUCGUGGAUGGCGCUGACGAGCAUCUGGUCAUAUUGGAUAUGUCCCUAAGAAUUGCUGGCGUCCUUGGGGACACCGGUUCGUAG